CGUUGAAAUUAGUACUUCGUUCGGAGAGUAACACACGUAGAGUUGAAGUUGAACGUCGUACGGCGCGAGGUGGUAUCGUAUGCGUAGUUUUUAUCGCGUCUUCCGCGACGAUCCAGUUUUACACUUCGGAUCGAGCAUCAUCGAGAACCGGAGAACCAGUUUACUAACAGUGGUUAAUCAGGUGUCGAAGUCGACUGGUUCGUAUUGCGCGAUACAAUAUUCAGGAUAGUGUGGUCAUCCUGCGUCUGCGACAGUGCAAUCGUCGUCUCUUUCGUGAAAAGUGAAGUUUUCAAAAGCUCGAUAUGAAAUUCUGUUUCUUGGCGUUCUUCUAGUAGUUGUUCUUGUUCGGUGGUGUUUUUUGGUGCUAGUGUGAAAAAAAGUGUACGAUGCGCGAAACCUAACGAUGGUUCUUUGUUUUAAUAAUGCGUUAUCUUUUGACCAUCACGUUGUUACCAUUAUUGGUAUUAUCGUUUGGGUCCUUCAACAGGUGCCAUGUACACGGUUUGCAAAUUCCGCCACCGCCCAUCUGCAGUACGUCCACUUGUAAUUGCACCGCUUUCGGCGAGAAAAGAAUUAACAUCAAUUGCAGCUUUUCAUCCGUGCAACAGGAAACCAUCAUCAAUGCGACGUUUAUGCCACCGGAAGCGUACGAAUUCGAGAUAUCGGAAGCUGCGACAGUAAUUCUAGAAGCCAGAUCGUUUUCCAAAUUGAAUUACCUACAAAAAGUUACUUUUCGAAAUGUAGACAAUCUGAUCAUAAAGAAAGACGCAUUUUCCAAUUUAGUCGUACCUCAAUUUUUUCUCGAGAUUAAAGACUGCAACCGAGUAGAAAUAGAAUCGAAAGCGUUUUACCUGAGUCGUGGCCCUGUAGCUGUAUCCAUCACAAAAUGCAACAGUUUAAUAUACCAUCGCGAGGCAAUCGCCUGGAUUAGCGAGGCUAACGUGAAAGAUGUCAAAACUGCUCUUUUCGCCGAGAAUUCAUUUUCUCAAAAUUCCGAGAAAGUUACAUCACAUCAUGGGUAUUCGACCAAAAUAAUCAUUGGAAAAACAUCAUUACCGCACUUGCCGGAAAACAUGUUCUCAUCACCGGCUGCCAUCAUCAAACUACUUAACUGCGACGUUAAGGUGGUGAAGAAGAACGCAUUUUCAGCGCUGGAAAUCUACUCGGUACAAAUUGAAAACACCACUUUGGAUGUAAUAUCUAGCGGAGCAUUUAGCGACCGGAGCCUUUUAACGAGUCUGCAAUUCGCGGAUGUGAAUAUUUGUCGGAUAUCCACCGGUGCCAUACAUUCGGCUGUGACAAAUUUCACCUUUUACAAUUCUAAAGUGGAAACGGUGGAAAAAGAAGCUUUCAACAUGUCCACAAUGUACAGCGUUCAUUUUCUCAACAACGUUUUCGAACACGUAGAAGAGCGCGGCAUCACGUUAAAAGAUUGGAGAAAAGCUAUCAUCGAAAAUAAUACUUUACGUAAUUUAGAGAACGAAGCUAUUAACGUGCCAUAUAGCGACGAGCUCACCAAACAACAAGCUGAAUUUCAUUUCGUCGGUAAUAUUUUAGAAAAAUUGAAAUAUAACUCGUUGAAAUUCGAUAUCAACGAGAUGGCGCCUUUUCAAGUCGGCGAAAAUAUUUUCAUUCGAGCUUGCCGAUGUGAUUUAGGAUCCUGGAUGAAAAGUUCGAUCGGCGGUAGCGACCUGUUGAUCGAGUCUUUAUACAACGAAAGCUAUUGCACGUUGAAUACGGUUUUUUCCAAAUGUUUCAAACAUCCCGAAGGCUUCAUGAGGGUGGCAAAUUUCAGCGAAUUUGUUUGCAAUGCUCAGGAAACCAUUGUUUGCGUAGAUAACGAGUCUCCUAUCGUUAAUAAUCAAAACCCUAAUAUUAUCAAAGCUGUGGGUAUCAUUAACGAGAAUAAACUAGACGAAGAACGUAAACUGAUCACUACUCUGAUGGCUGCAGCUUUAGGAGGAGUAUUCGUCAUGAUAUUAUUAAGCCUUUUCAUGUGGUUUAAUAGGAAAGGUUACCAAGUAUCUAGUUGCUUUUUUACCUCGUCUAUCGGUUGUAGUCUAUCGUCGUUUGUAUCGCGAUUAAUGUCUUCGUCUCACGGUAUGACCAGAGCUACUUCAGCCAGCUCUAUAACUCGAGUAUCCAUUCACGAGUAUACGGAAAUAUGGCCUCAAAAAUUACUCAGCAGCGCGGGUGAUUUAGAAGAAACGUACGUUUGCGAAGAUAAAGCCACUCAAACGUUACCCGAAGAAUUGACUCAAGAGUUGCUGCAAAAUCUGCGCGAAAAAUUAGACGAUCCGGAGAACUACGGCGAAGCUCGCAAUAUGAUAGAACAUUUGUACGAUUUGAUUAAAGUCGAAGAGAACUGCAAUAAUAACGUAUUAGGAGAGGAAUUCGUCGACAUGAAUUUCGCCAUAGAUGAAGAUUUAAUGGGUAACGUAUACGACGUGAUAAAACCCGGCAAACAGCGAGUGCGACGGUAUGAUCGAUCGUUUAAGACAUUAGCGCACAAAGGCACGAGGGCGCCUUCGCCGGACAAAUUAUCGCCUCAAUCGUUUACCACUUCAUCAUUUUCCAAUUCGUCGCUGAAAUUGUCGCCAUUGUCGACGUUGUCGACGACCAGACCUUCCAUUUCGGAUUAUAUGGAGCCGACAGAUAGGCAAUCGUAUGCGUAUUACGAACUGCCAUACGAUCAGUGCGGCCCGUCAAAGUCGUCUCAAGUACAACUACGUGACCGAGGCGAAAAUAUUACUUUGGCUGAUUACGAAGACCCGAGGGAUGCGAAAAUUCCCAUUUAUUCGGAGCUGAGUAACGUCAGUGUCGUCAGUGGCCGACCUUUACCCGUCACGCCACCGCUCAAAAAUCAAAUUACGAGUAACAAAGAUCUCGGAAAUUCUCGAACUGAAUCGUGAAUCUGUGAUAAAAUUUAUAUUAUAGUUUUAGUAGCGUAUGUGAAUAUGUAUAGUAUUUCGAUUUUACGAAUUUCCUUCCUCCCCCGUGUCCCUUUCUUAUACUAUAUAUGAUUAAUGCGUUUCUUUUUCCUUUUAUUACGAUUUUUCGUCUUGAUUUAUUUUUUUUUUAUACGUAAAUGUGAUUUUUAAAAAUACAAAUUUAACACUUGUUUGAA